AUGCCUCCCAACCCGGACAACCCGGACAACUCGGGUCGGCCCGGAGACUCGGAGUCAUCCUCAGCCGCUGCUGCUGCCAGGACAUAUGUCUGCGCGACCUGCGGCAAGCGUUACCAGAGGAACACCCACCUCCGUCGCCACGAAGCCACGCACGCCGCCACUGGCAAGUUCCGCUGUAUAUACUGCGACAAGGAAUUUGGACGAGGCUGCAUCAAAAAGGACUUCGAGGUCGUCGUCCCCGAGCUCCGCCGCGGACGCAAGCCCCAGGCGUGCGAGGCCUGCUUCACGAGCAAGGUGUCCUGCGACAAGGGACACCCUUGCGGCCGGUGUCUGCUCCGGCGCCUGCCAUGCCGCCCGCGGGAGGUCGCCUCCGCCGCCGAAGAGGUGGUGCCAAAGUCUACGCCGUCGUCGUCAUCAUCAUCCGCGCCGCUGGAGACGCCACACACCCAAGCGUCAUCGGCUUCGAGCCGCCUGACGCAGCCUGCCAUCCCAGCGAAUAGCCACCCACACCGCGCUGACGAGAGCAUGCCCUGGAUCAAGAACCUCAUCAACCCGCACGCAGCGUCGAUGCUCGAACACCUGGCCGACGACCCCAGCUCCGAGACGGAGCGCAUCCCCGACAUGAGCUUCCUCUCCGGCGGCGGCGACGACCCGUCCCAACCUUCACCGGCCUCAGAUCCCGCCACCACCGCCGCCGGGGACGACCCAAUGGAAUGGUAUCCGUGGAGCUACGCCACCAUGCUCGACGACGCCCUCUUCAACUUCGACGACGCCGACGACAUCAACAUGCUCUCCCUCGACGACCCCGCCGACCCCUUCGCUGCUAUCCUCAACCCUUUCCUCCCCAGCCCCCCUUCAUCCUCCUCCUCCUCCGCGGAGGGCGUGGAGGACACCUCGCUGCUGCUCGUCAACGCGCUUCGCGACCUGGACCAGGAGCUGCGCGCCAGCGACCCGACUUACAAGCAGCAGCCUGCCUUCUCCGCCGCCGCUGUCGCCGCCGCCCUCUCCGCCGCCAACCUGCGCCGCCUCGCCGCCACCUUUUUCCGCCUCAGCCACGUGCACUUCCCCAUCGUCCACGUGCCCUCCUUCCGCGCCUCCUCGCCGUCUUCGCGCGCGCUGCUGCUCAGCCUCGCCGUCCAGGGCGCCUUUCGCAGCCCGCCGCUCGACGACGUCCUCGCCGUGCGCGGGUUGCUGCGCCUCGCUGAGGAGUACGUCUUUCGCGAGCUGCACGACGCCCUCGCCGCCACCGCGCCUCGACCGCCGCUGCUGCCCACGCCGGCGGCGCUCGAGGCACUGCAGGCGGCGCUGGUCAUCGUCUACCUGCUGGCCAUCAACAACAGCGUGUCGUCGCGCCGGCAGAGCCGCGUGCGGCGCAUACCGGAGCUCGCGUGGGUGGUGCGCCACCUGGACCUGAUGAACGUGCGGCACGCUCCCGGCGAGGGUUGGCGGCUCUUCGUUCACCGCGAGACCUGCAUACGCAUCGCUACCUGGACGGCGGUGGCCGACUGGCACCAGUGCGGCAUGUUUCGCUGCAUGCCCAUCAUGGCCACCACCGAGCUCAACUGCGACCAUCCGUGCUCCACGGCCGUCUGGGACGCCGCCGACGAAGCCGAGUUUGCCGCAGCCGUGGCCGGUGAUGAGAAGCGCCUCCGCAGCGGCCACCACUCCCCCUCCCCCUCGUCUUCCGCCGCGAGUUCCACAUCUGGUCCAUCCUCUCCAGUCUCUGCGCAGUCCAAUAUCCGGCAAUUCAUCGAUAUCCUCAUGGCCGACAAGUGGAACCGCGCCGAGCAGUGCCCGCGGGACUCGUACAACAUCCACGACCUUAGCACUGCCGCCGUGGCUCUGAGCAACGUCGCCAUCACCGCCGACAUCAUGUCCAUGAUGCCCUUUACCGCCCCGGCGCUGCUGCGCUCCCUGGCCCGCUGGCAGGAGCUCUGGGCCGACCUGAUCAGGGAGCUUGGCACGGCGGCGCUCAUGAAGACUGGCAUGUCCAGGCACAGCAACGAAAUGGCCCACUUGACGCGAAAGAUUGUCGAAGCCAGCAUCAACAAAUCGAAGCACCCCUUCUUUCAAAAAGUCGGCCACGAGACGGUGACUGAACUGUACAGCUUUGUCAUUCAUGGAUAG